CUGUGGUUCAGAGUUGACCAGAGUUGACAACACAGAGUUGACAAUUAAAGUCUUAAAUUGCUGGAACAAUUCAUGCCUGUUUUUUAAAGGUGUUCAAAAUUAUUUAACGUAGAAAACAGUCCCUAAUAAUAAACACUGAGAAGGUUUUUGAAUCUAAGAUGUGAAUGGGAACAGGUCAGCCUUGAAUUUAUCAGCUGAAUAAAGGUAUCUUAACACAAUAGUAAUGGUGUUGAAGUGAAAUCUUCAUGGUUGAGUGAAUCUGAAAAUCAUUCUGUUGUGUUUUUGCCUGCAGCCAUGGCAAACUCCUACGUAGACGAUAUUAAAGUGAAAAUUUCCGAAAAGUAUAAACCUCCUUGCCGGAUCAGCUUGCCCAUGUCAUACUCCCAGAGAUUAACGUUGAAUAAACAACUGCAAGACAGCAGACCUACAUACGAGUUGGACUUGGAGAAGUCCAUUCUCGGUAGAUUGGACGAGCGAAAGCAACUGAGAAGCUUGGCCGAGGAUAGAAAGCAGAAAAUUGAGCAAGAUAGGCGUGAGUUCAAGAAAAAAAUUGAGCAAGAGCAAAUUGAGAGGCUAGAGAAAAUGCAAGCAGAGGCUGCAGAUAAUAAGUUGCUGGAGGAAGCCAGUAAAGAGGUCUCAAACGCUGACUUGAAAAGCCAAGGUUUUCGGCAAAUCGGCCCUAGUGAUUCUAGUCAAACACAUCCAAACUACAUUACCAAAAAUGGCAUAUUGAUGCCUAUUCCGGUUGCAAACAAUUAUCCUAACAGUACUAGGCCUUUAUCAAGUACAGGAUACAAGCCAUUGUCACCUAAUCUGAAGCCUUUUAACUUGGCGGAUUUCGAAUCCGAUACUUCUAGCCCCUUUGAUAACAUGGAAUUAAAAUCCAUAAAUGACUUGGAAGAACUAGCGCAGGUUUUGAAGACGAAUUUCACGCCUAAUGUGUAUCCGAGCACCAGCCUAUUUCAAUCUCCAACCAGUUAUAAUAGCCACAAUGCCACGAAGAGUCAGACAGGGUUUUCGCAAGACCAGUAUGGCCAAAGCGCCCAGAUUCCACAGAAUCCUAGUAUAUACUCGCAGAGUUCAGCUGCCAACCCCUACAGCCAGAUAGCUAGUUCCUAUAGUCAAGUAAAUUCCAGUUUUAGUCAAUUUAGCAAUCCUUACCGUAUCAACCCAAACAACUACCAAGUUCCUAACACCACCAACUACAGUGGCCUCAACGGUUAUAUGUACAACAUUCCUCCUCAGGCAACUAGUCAGGCUCAUUUAAACUACUCUAGUAACCCUUAUAGUCAGAAGUCCACUGUCGUACCAUCACCACUGCAAAAAUCGAAUUGCAAGAGUGUCCCAGAUUUAGUGAAGUCUAUAGAGAAAGAACUAACUAAUACGCAUUUAAGUGAUAAUCUUGAGAGCAGGCACUCUAUUUCGAGCUCUGGCUACACUACCACCAAUGUUGUUGUGCCUAAAAGGCCCAAAAGUACAGACUCGGUGUGUUCAAAGACGAAAAUGAAACACGUGCCUGCGAAUCCAUUGGAUCAGCUAUCAAGUGAAAAGAGAGAAAUUUGCCUCAACGUGACUCUAAUGGGAUUUCCUUUGGAUAGGGUGAUUAGAGCUUGUGAAGUGAUUGGUUGCGACCAGAAGAAGAUUGUGGAUCACUUACUUGCACUUUCGGAGCUCCUAGAUUUGGGAUUUUCAGAGAAAGCGGCCUCUGAAGCCUUGGCAAACAACGACAACGAUCGAGAUAGGGCGUUAGACCUCUUGAUCUCGUAGUUUCUUUCAGAAGAGUCUACAGGCUGUGGUUUUUAUGAUGUAUUUAAAUAGACUUUUUUGUGUGAAAGUCGCGUUUUACAAUGCAAACUGUUUCGCCUAUAGAUUUUCAGAUUCUGUUAUUGGCUGCUGUACUUUUGUAUAUUUUUCAAUUGGAAUUUAUUUAUUUAUUUGGCAAAUUUGCGUAAAUAAUAUAGGGAAUUAGUAUUUAAAUACCCAAAAUUGCGUUCUAAAUAUCACUUUUGGUUACGGAUCUUAUGUGUUAAGAGCAUUUGAAUACUCAAAUUGUGCUAUUAAUGAAAAAUGUACCUAAUUGCUGCAUAUUAUAUUAACUUUAUAAAUAA